AUGGGCUGGGAACUGGGUCAGCACUGGGGCUUCUUCACAGCACGCAGCAACUCUGGGGAUGGGGGAGCUGCUUGUGGGGAGGCAGGGGAGCUGCCCCCAAGGUGUGCCUGUGGCUGCCCUGAUAUUGAUUUAAACCUGGCGAAAGCGUCGGAAACUUCCCAGGGGCCAGUUAACCUCAGCGAACCAGCCUUCAACCCAUACAAGUGUCUCAAGACAUGCAUUGGUGAGAUCAUCGGUGGUCAGGAAGCCAAGCCCCACUCCAGACCCUACAUGGCCUGUCUGGCUACACAACGCAGAGGGGAUACCUAUAUCUGCGGAGGGUUCCUGGUGUCGAAGAACUUCGUGCUGACGGCCGCUCACUGCAAUGGAGAUGAGAUCACUGUCACUCUGGGAGCCCAUAACAUUAGAGAACCGGAACAGAGCCAACAGAAAAUCUCUGUGCGCCACCGGAUCCCCCACCCCCAGUACAACAAGACCACCUGGAACAAUGACAUCAUGCUGCUGCAGCUGGCAGAGAGAGCGAAGCUGAACAGAUGGGUGGGUACCAUCGCCCUGCCCCGCACCAGCAAGAGAGUAAAGCCAGGGGCUGUGUGUAGUGUUGCCGGCUGGGGCGGCACUAGCACAGAUGGUAAAUCGUCCCCAGCCAGGCUCCAGGAGGUGGACGUGGUGGUGAUGCCGGAUGCUGCAUGUUCGAGGAAGCCUAACGGGUCAUAUUACAAGUAUAAAUCCUCCACCAUGAUGUGUGUGGGGGAUCCAAAGAUGGGCAAAGACUCUUGGAAGGGCGACUCUGGGGGCCCCCUGGUGUGUGGGAAAACAGCCCAGGGCGUCGUCUCCUGGGGGCCUCCCACCCCUCCCGGGGUGUACGUGAAAGUCUCCACCUUCAUCCCCUGGAUACGGGCGACGAUGAGGAGGCUGCAGCCCUGAGCAAAG